UUUUUUUAACUUUAAAUAUUUAUUAUCCUUAUCCUCUUUGAAAAACGACAACAAAACGAAGAAAGAUAUUUUACUGCGGUGCUGAGCCCCACCAAUGGAUUAAUGUACGAUGCAUAUGUUUGGUCAGAAAAUCAAAUCGUUUGGAAUACUUAAAAUUUAAUUUCCCAUCUGUGAGAAGUAUUUAAAAUCCCAAUUUCAUAUCUGCACAGAAGGUGUUUGAUUAAAUUACACAUAGAACAUAGGUCUUUUAAGUGGGCGAAAUCUUUGGACUCUAGAUGCUUCUCGAAUGGUUUCUAGCAUGGCUGCUUUGAGUUCCCUAUCUUCUAUUCAGUUCAGAGUCUCUGACAUUCUCGGAACUUGUCUGAAACCUUGUGUCCUCUUUCCAAUUCGAAUAACAAAUGUGCCCGUAAAGCCGUUUGUGAUUGAAGCAAGAGGCAAUUCUCGAGUCGAGAACCCAAAAACCAGGAACCGGAGGAGCAGGAAGAAGUUUAACGGAACACAAACAAAACCAAGACUUUCAGUAUUCUGUUCAGACAAGCAACUCUAUGCUAUGUUGGUGGAUGACUUUAACAAAAAGUGCUUGUUCUACGGUAGUACACUGCAGAAGUCCAUUCGUGGAGAUCCCCCAUGUACUGUCAUUGAAGCAGCGAAACGUGUUGGAGAGGAGCUCAUAAAGGCAUCUAUCGACCUCAAGAUCAACGAGAUAUCAUCUUAUGAUCGAAACGGAAAUGCUCGUGGCGAAAGAAUGCAAGCCUUUGAAAUUGCAAUUGCGCAACAUGGGUUCUUACCAUAUUAGGUUCGAAACAGAAGGCAUAACACUUUGAGAGUCAGUACAGGAAUCUGUCUUUGGGGACUUUGGAAACUUGAUCUUAGAAGCACAUGAUCCAUCCGGAACAUACGGGCAUUCCACAAACUCUUUCGCGUAAUUAUCAAGACAUAUAUAGAUCUGGAAAAGCUGCUUCUUCCCCUCUACAUCUUCAUUACAUUCGAUACCCGGUGCAAACCCGAUCACGCACUUGAUCGCGUUCUUGAUCUCUUCUAAACCGUAAAACCCAUCGUUCGAUAUAAUAGUACCACUUUGUUUGAGGAUGUUGAGGAGAUCGAGUUUUUGUCUGAAUUUGAGAUUGGUGUGGAAGUAAGAGUGUUGGUCGAAGAUAGAUUGGACGCACGUGCCAUGCUUGUCCCACUCGUGUUCCCAUAGCUUAGUCUCGUUGCUUGGACAUGUCCACACACCCCACUCUCCCCAUUUCCUCUCCAUCCUGCUUAUGAGAUCUGAUACCUGUCAUUUUUUUUCAAUAUUCAGCUUCUUGAAAAAUAUGUAUUAUUUUCCGAUUUUAUUGAAUUUUUCUUCGGGUGUUUGAAUAUUUACAUGUGUACUAAGGAAGCAAUGAAUCUUGUAAAAUAAUCUCUACUACUGUAUGUAGCGUUCUAAUAUCUCAAAUAUAAAUUUUGUUAAAUUUCUUCGUGAAAUGAAAU